UUCAUCAAGGAACAUUCUUGGACUCGGGCCACAUAUAAAAGCAAGUGUCGUCUUGGGUUCAUACAAAACAUACACCGAUACAGUCCUCAAAGAUGGUCUUCGAUUUGAUACGGCCAGCUCCAUUGACCGAGCAGAAGCAUUCUCGAGAUGGCUGCAUUUAUCUAUAUCGUGCCAUGAAGUUCAUUGGCUGGAUACCGCCCAAGGAUGGAGUACUUCGUUAUGUCUAUCUCACCUGGACAGCGAUGACAUUGAUUUGGUUUACCACUUACUUGCCAUUGGGUUUCUUGGGCAGCUAUAUGACCCAAAUCAAAUUGUUUACGCCCGGUGAAUUUCUCACCUCUCUGCAGGUGUGCAUCAAUGCCUAUGGAUCAUCUGUUAAGGUGGCCAUCACUUAUUCGCAAUUGUGGCGUCUGAUCAAGGCUAAGGAUUUGCUGGACAAAAUGGAUUUACGCUGCACCAGUAUGGAGGAGAGAGAGAAAAUACAUCGUGUAGUGGCUCGCAGUAAUCAUGCCUUUCUAAUUUUCACAUUUGUCUACUGCGGCUAUGCGGGAUCGACAUAUCUGAGCUCGGUGUUGAGUGGUCGCCCACCAUGGCAGUUGUAUAAUCCAUUUAUCGAUUGGCAUGAUGGCACUCUUAAGCUGUGGGUAGCCUCAACUCUGGAGUAUUUUGUUAUGUCAGGAGCUGUAUUGCAGGAUCAGCUAUCAGAUACUUAUCCCCUAGUCUAUACACUGAUUCUAAGAACUCAUCUGGAUAUGUUAAAGGAACGCAUUAGACGCCUACGUACGGACACUACAAUGUCCGAGGAUGAAAACUAUGAGGAACUGGUGAAAUGUGUCAUGGAUCACAAAUUGAUUUUAGAAUUUUGUGCCCUCAUCAAGCCUGUUAUAUCGGGAACAAUCUUCACACAGUUUCUAUUGAUUGGCCUCGUCCUUGGUCUAACGCUCAUCAAUGUGUUUUUCUUCUCAGACAUCUGGACUGGCAUUGCAUCCUUUAUGUUUGUCAUCACAAUUCUGCUGCAGACAUUCCCCUUCUGCUACACCUGCAAUCUCAUUAUGGAGGACUGUGAGGCACUCACCCAUGCCAUUUUCCAAUCGAAUUGGGUAGAUGCCAACGGCAGCUACAGGUCAACGCUAUUGUAUUUCCUUCACAAUGUUCAGCAGCCCAUCGUUUUUAUUGCCGGCGGCAUCUUUCAGAUAUCCAUGAGCAGUAAUAUAAGCGUGGCCAAGUUUGCUUUUUCCGUCAUAACCAUCACCAAGCAAAUGAAUAUAGCCGAUAAAUUUAAGACGGAGUAAACGGAAUGGAGACAUGAACAACUUACUUAUCUACUUACACAAACUUAUUGCAUAUAGAUUGAUAUAUUGCGUA